AUGGUCGACAAUAGUACGCAGCAGGCUCCACAUGUCGGAAAUGGUGAUAAUAGCACUACCAAGCCAUAUUCAGAGGCAUUUUUCUUAGGGUUUAAUAAUCCAACGCCUGGAUUAGAAGCUGAACACUCAAGCACAUCGCCUGCCCCCGAGAACUCCGAAACACACAAUAGGAAAAGAAACAGAAUAUCAUUUGUCUGUCAGGCUUGCAGGAAGUCAAAAACAAAGUGUGAUAGAGAAAAACCUGAAUGUGGUCGAUGCAUCAAACAUGGGUUGAAAUGUGUUUAUGACGUAUCAAAGCAACCGGCACCCCGAAUCCCCAGUAAAGACGCCAUUAUAUCAAGAUUGGAAAAGGAUAUGCUCUACUGGAAGGAUAAAGCUAUGAAGCUACUAACGGAAAGAGAGGUGGAUGAAUCAGGUAAGAGAUCAGCAAGUCCGAUCAAUACGAGUAAGGCCAACGGGGAAAGUCCUGAUACCAAGAGGCUACAUAAAAUGGAAACUAUAUACGAUCAAAGUGCUAACGAAGACGUAAACAGUGGCGAUAGAAAUGAUAUUGAAAUCAACUUGUAUAGGAGUCAUCCAACCAUGAUUAUGAGUAAAGUCAUGAAAAGAGAAGUUAAGCCGUUGUCUGAAAAUUAUAUUAUAAUCCAGGACUGUUUUUUGAAAAUCUUGGUUACUUCGGUAUUCCUUGACACUUCAAAGAACACAAUGAUACCGGCAUUGACGGCAAACGCCAAUAUUACGAGAGCUCAGCCCAGUGUAGCAAACAAUCUCUUGAAAUUGAAAGAAAUGCUGAUUAGACAAUGUCAAACCGAAGAUGAGAAAAACCGUGUUAACGAAUUUACUGAUAGGAUACUACAAAAUACAAAUUCAAAUAGAAACUUGAAAAUCGGUAUGCUAUUAUCGAUGCUUUACAAUUCCGUUGGGUACCAAUAUUUGGAAGAUCAUUGCCCUCAGGGUGGCGAAUAUUCGGAUUUACUGAGAAGUUUAAUCGCUGAAUGUGAGGCUAUUUUGCCAUCUUACGAAAUCAUUGAAUGCUACAAAAACCACUUUUAUGAAUACGUUUAUCCAAGUUUACCGUUCAUUGAAUUAGAAAUAUUUGAAGAAUCUUUAAGCCAAACAAUUUUUCCCGACCCAAACAAUCCCUCCAAAGUGAAAAUACGGAUGGGGAGCACACAUUUGAGAGCUAAAGUGGAAAACUUGAGUCUUUUAUUGGUUAUCUUGAAACUUUCAUACAUGUCAAUAAGAUUCUUAGACCAUAAAACAGCAGAUUCGAGUUAUUAUCUUUCAAAGGAAAUAAUUGAUAAAUACCCAAUACCGAACGACUUUAUCUUAUUAAGUCAAAGAUGCUUGGCAUCCGAAAAUUGGUGUGCAUGCGCUAAUGAGAACAUCAUAUCAUGUUUAUUAUAUAUCUGGUCGUUUUUCGCCUUUUCUCCUGAAGAGGGAGAUUUCUUUCUCGAGCAUCCUACCGAUGUUAUUAGUAGUUUAAUAAUGAUGCUUUCCACCUCCAUCGGUCUUCAUAGAGAUCCUUCAGAUUUCCCUCAAUUGAUUUCUCCGUCCACCUCAGAUAAAAGAACGUUAAAUCAUAGAAGAAUACUCUGGUUGAGUAUCGUCACCGUUUGUUCGUUUGAAGCAAGUCUCAAGGGUAGACAUUCGGUCUCACCGAUAUCUUUGAUGGCAUUAUUCUUGAAUAUUAAGGAUCCUGAUUCUCUGACGGUAUACAUGAACCGAGUAAGGGGUGAUUUAAGCGAUCUCAAUAAUCAUAAACUUCUGAGAAUUCAUGAAUUUACAUUUAAGCGAGCCCAGCUGGCGUUACUCUUAUCGGAUUUAGACAACUUAACGAUGACUUAUUAUGGCAGUUUUCAUCUGCAUUCAAUCGAAUUCAUUAGGGAAAAGAUUGAGAUUUUUGUGGAGGAGAAUUUUCCCAUAGCGCCAUUGAAAAGUGUUGCACAGGAUAAGUCGGAUCUUGAUGAUGCUAAUGUGAUUGCAGAAAUGAACAUACUGUCUUCAGAAAAUUCUUCUUCAUUUCACAAUCGAAUAAUGAAUAAAUUAUUGAUGUUGAGAACUUCAAUGGCUAUAUUCUUGCAUUUUGAAUCACAGAUUACUAAGGAUGAAAGUAUCUUCCCAUUUUACAAGAAAUACUUCAUGGUUAGCUGUAUGGAUGCGUUGUCAUUAAUCAACUAUUUCAAUAAAUUUUUCAACGGAGAAUAUCGACACGCAAUUUCGUCUUUAACCAGUUUCAAUGUUACAAAGUUUAUUCAAUUAGCUCUAUCCAGCACAAUUUUCAGUCUAUUAGGAAUUAUACUGAGGAUAGGUUUGGCCAUCCAUAUGUUAUCUUCUGAAGUACAAAAGUUAUCGGCAACAACAGAUGCAAGGAUAAAAGAGUUAAAUGCCAAAGUUGAAAAAUUUAGUAUCCUACAAAGAGAUCUCGAGUCCGCCUUGGAGGGGAUAUAUUGCUCUGCUUCGGAACAUUUAAGAUUCACCUACUUCCCCGUUUUUAAGAUGCUAGCUUUAUUCGAUGUCAUUGUUCAAAGAAUGAGAAAGGGUGAACUAUGGCACGGCAUAUUUACCAUGAUCCAGAUGGAGCAAAUGCAUUCUAGAAUAAUUAAGACAUUGAGCAUUACAUUAGGCGUUAAGUUAGAUAAGAAGGAUCGACUGCUAGAGGAAUUGAUGGCAUCCAACCAUGUCGCAAGUUUUAGUGUUGAAGAUAUAGAUGAGCUGAAUGGCAAUAUCAAAAAAGAAAUUCAAAUUUCCUCGGGAUUGAAGCCCCCUGUAAACACGAUUGAUUUAUCUAACGGCGAACCAUUCGGGAGUGCUGCCCCCACCAUCACCAAGACAUGGAGUUCAUCUUUAGACAAUUUAGAAAAACUAUCAUCGGCAGCUGCAGUUGGUCAAAAUUUGGACUACAACAGUGGUUUGCGUCAGGGUCCUUUGGCAGGUGGUGGUUCAAAAGAACAAACGCCAAUGGCUCGAAUAAAUAGUUUGAACAAUUCUGUCAAUGCUACACCAAUUGUCGAUAAUUCAUCUGGGUCGCAACUUCCUAACGGGUUUGAUAGAAGUCAAGCAAAUGACACUCCUUUUCCAGGUUAUUUUGGAGGUUUGGAUUUAUUUGAUUAUGACUUUUUGUUUGGAAAUGAUUUCGCUUAA